AUGCCCAUGGCUGGGAUGUGCGACUUUGAUGAGACGCGCAUCACGGCCGAGAAUGCCAAAGACUUAUGCGAUCCCGAGAUCAAUGCCUCCGCGGGCCACUGGCAGCAGUGCCUGCAGGAGAUCUGUCGUCUUUUGGAGGAACGCAACGCGAUUCCCCCGGACAGCCAUGUUCUGCCGCGCAUUGAUCACGGCCGUGUUCACUGGUUCAUCAAGUUCUGGCAAAGCUACGAACACUCGCCACGAUGGAUGCAAGAGGCCCCGGAUGCUGGAAGCAUGUGA